GCCGAGCGCUGGCGUAUUUAUCACCAGCCCCCUGCUGGCCCAAAGGUGGCCAGUCGCUUUUUCUGCGUGAUGAGGCUUGUCUGCUAAGCUUCAGUGUUCGUUGCCGUGAUAAAUGGACUGGCUUCUGCGAAACAUUCUGCUAUCCUGCGUCUCUGUUGGUUUUACCGACUUGAUCCUUCCGCACGUUGGAUUCUCGGCAAAUUUGGCAGCAGUCGUUCCUUUUCCUGAUGACCACCCAUAAUUGGAUCAAGCUCGUUGGUGUUUGCUUGAAGAUUUCGGCAUGGAGGACUCGUUCAGGGGAGUGAUCAACCCCUCGGAGCGAGGGGAACUCGAGCCGGCACAGAUGGUGAUCCAGCAAUAUGCGAGAUAUCCGGCUGCUCUGGAACACUCGCUGCGGAGUGCUUCAUCUACAGGGAGUGCUCGUGGACAGCUGACAGCCUCUACCGCCUCUCCUCUUCACCGUAAAGAAACACCCACUCCACGGAGCUUGCAAUCGUCCCCACAAGACGUACGAUCAGCGGCUGUACCUCAAUCAACAGCACGAUCAGUGACGUCUGCAUCACCGGCACUAUUGGAUCCGCAUCGCAACAGAUCAAUGGGAGAUCCAACAGACCAGGCAGAGUCGCGAUCUCUCCCGUCCCAAGAUCUCACAGAUGAGACGAUCGACGAUGCGUAUGUCGCGUUUAUUCUAUAUUGUAACCCGAACGUUCCAGGCUCUCUUGACACGAGUGAAUUACGAAAGGCAUUCCGCUCUCCUCCACGAAGUGAUGGCAAAAGCUUCAGUAUUUUCACACUGUGGGAGCUUAUCCGCAAACUCGAUAGUAAAGAGCUGAAAACAUGGAUUCAGCUGGCAAUUGAAAUGGGAGUGGAGCCUCCCUCUUUGGAAAAAAAGCAAAGCCCACAGAAGGUUCAACAAUAUGCAGUCCGUCUAAAGCGCUGGAUGCGAGCAAUGCACGUCGAUGCAUUCUUUGAAUACUGUCUGGGCCACCCACACACAUACUACACCCAAUUACCGUUGACCGGCUCUCUUGUGAGCGAAAGCCGGGAUGGAGUGCCAUUGGAGGAAGACAUCGCAUUACACGCUCUUGUUCCACAGUGGAAACCGAAGCGUGGCAGGCGCCGGGCCGAUGAUAAAGUGCAUGACGAGGAGAGAACCAGUAAAAGGCCUCAACUCGAUACCUCAGCGGGCGUUCUGCAUCAUGACGCCUUUACAGCCCAUUCAGACCCGAUACCGUUUCCACAAAGCGCUAUUCCUUUCAGCGCUUUCCCGAAUGAUAUGGAGUCAAACGACCCAUGGAUAACUGCUACGUCCUCAUUCGGAGCUCAUGGUGCUCCAGAAGGUUCAAUCACUCAGCAAAACCAGGAUGUUAGGUGGAGGCCUCUUGAUCGGGCCUCAUCCCCGCCGGGAUACCCACAAUCAGCAAUCAUACCAGGAGAACAUCAAGGUGCGAGAAGCAUGUUUGGCGGUGCCGAGCCGCGCUCUGCUUUAAUACCCGUUAGUGGUGAGAAACAACGGGCAAGGAAAAGACAUGGACCCGCAGUAUCAUCUGCCUGGCCUAGCGGUGGUGUCUCGUCCGGCGGGAAAAAUCGUGGAAGACCGCCGAAUAAAGGGCCCAGUAGCUCUGAUGGGCCGUUUUCAUCUUUUUCUGUCAAUCCAGAAGAGUCUGGAUCAACACACUCAGUGUCCCAUACAGAAACACGGGCGUCCCUGGCGAUCGGCCUCAAUCAAACCCCAUCAAACUCCCUCACUACGAAUUCUCAAUACCAACAGUCGCCCACCCCAUUUUCACACCUGAACGUUCGGCCUAGCAGACUCCAACUGCAGGUUCCGCAACACGCGGGAGGGCCUGUGCGUCUUGCUACGCCGCCGACAGUUCUCGUGAAUGGUGUUGACAGUGUGUCUCAGAGCGAUACGACCGACCCCCGUGGAUCAACGGCUCCCCUAAAUGACCUUGCGAGCAUAGCAUCUGGACCUGACCUGUCGUCAUCGUUGAAUGGAAAUGGAGAAGACUCUGAGAAGGUGACAAUUCCCGAUUUAAUCCGCAUCUUCUCGAAUAAGAUCCUUCGUGGUAGAAUUCUUGGCCGGUCUAGCCCUCUCACGACUGAAGAAGCCACGGCAUUAGCUGCUUCUGUGAUCACAAGCAUAAACAUAUCGCAGCUUGGUGUCUCGCUGCCUCCGUCGGCAAACAAUAUUGCGGUCCAGCUCGGUCUGGGGCAUUUCCUAGGCUUAGAAGGUGCUAGGCCGGGUUCGGUUACAGUCAAGGUCAAUAAUUCAUUCAUGGGGCAUUCAAACGCAAGCCAAUCUUCGGCGAAGACAGUCUACACUGUGACGCACGAGUUCAAAUCUGUGUCUGGAUUGCGAACCAAGAUGACCUUCUACGACGUAAACAUUUCGAAUGCCCCUGAGGGCUUAUUGAGCCAGACCGAUGAGCUACACGACAGCACUGAGAGUAUUGGCGACGUACUCGUCGAUUCCGAGGACGACGAUGACGACGACGGCUCCAGCAGCGUUGUUUCUGAAACUACUUGGAAGCAGCGGUUCAUGAAGCUCCGAGCGCAGAUGCAUAAAAAGGAGCGUUCUUUGACACAGUAUAAACGAAAAGUCCUUGAAUCCGUCAUGGCGGAUAUUUAGCAGCGGGUUGCCAGUAAUGUCCUGUGGACAUCAUGACUGCAUGCAUGGUGCUAAUGGCUGAUGAUGCUUGAUUUUUACACUCGUGCCCCUAUUCUUUUGGAAUUAGCAUUUGAUCAGCGUGUUUUAUACCAAACAAAUUAGAUGGGGGAUAUCAUUUGAUACUGUCGUGGCAUAGGAUACCACUCAAGGCAAAUAGAUUUAUGAUUUUUGGCUAGUAUUAUUUCAAUACGAAGCAGAGAAUUGCGC